GUCGCCUGGAAUCUAAUAAUCUAGGGUGUGGGAAUUUCCGGUAAUAUUUUUUCUUGGGAACCAAACAGUAGAAAAUAUCUGAUUCUAUUUUCUUCUUUUCCAAAAUUUUAAUUAAUUAAUUUUUUUUUCGCAGAGAUUGAGAACCCAGCUCGCGCCUGGUGAAUCCUCUCACAUCAGCUUCGAUCCUCACUUACGGUUAUCGCUUUCCACCAUUACAAUCCCCAUUCAGCCUACCCUUUUCAAGGAAACAACCUGCAGUGAAAAUGGCAGCAACUGAAGCAGAGAGCAGAACGGAUUCUUCAGAGACCAAGAUAAUCGACUCACAUCUCCACAUAUGGGCAUCUCCUGAAGAGGCUGCUGAUAAAUACCCUUACUUUCCUGGGCAAGAACCCACUUUGGCUGGAAAUCUAAAUUUCUUGCUCCAGUGCAUGGAAGAGGCAAGUGUAGAUGGUGCACUCAUUGUUCAGCCCAUUAAUCACAAGUUUGAUCAUUCUCUGGUCACAAGUGCCCUGAAGAAAUACCCUAACAAAUUCGUUGGUUGCUGCCUUGCAAAUCCUGCAGAAGAUGGUAGUGGAAUUAAGCAGCUUGAAGAUCUUGUGUUGAAGGAUGGUUAUCGAGCUGUUCGCUUCAAUCCGUAUCUUUGGCCUUCUGGUCAAAAGAUGACAAAUGAAGUUGGGAAGGCAAUGUUUUCAAAAGCAGGAGAUCUUGGAGUGCCAGUGGGAUUAUUGUGUAUGAAGGGUCUAAACUUACAUAUUUCAGAAAUUGAGGAACUAUGCACAGAAUUUCCUUCAACAACGGUAUUGCUUGAUCAUUUGGCCUUCUGCAAACCGCCAAUGAAUGAUGAGGAAAAGCUUGCUUUCUCAGAGCUUUUAAAGCUAUCAAGAUUCUCACAGGUAUAUGUUAAGUUCAGUGCCAUGUUCAGGGUGUCAAGAAUGCCAUUUCCAUACCAGGAUUUGACCCCACAACUAGCUGAGGUUGUCUCCAGUUUUGGUGCAAAUCGUAUCAUGUGGGGCAGUGAUUUCCCAUAUGUUGUUCCCGAAUGUGGCUAUAAAGGAGCAAAAGAGGCAGUGUCUCUUGUUGCCAGUCAAGUACCCUUGUCACCGACUGAACUAGAAUGGAUCAUGGGUAGAACGGUUACGCAACUCUUCAAAGGUCAAUGGCUUCCUUAGACAAUAUCAUCGGUAUCUGAUCUUUUUCGCCAACGAUGAAAGCAAAUACAAAGCCGAUGAUUCUACUGCACUACUUUUGCAUAUUGUCUGUCUAAUGCUAUUUCUACUCAAAAUGCAUGUAAAUCUUCUGUUAUACUUCAAGUCAUGUCCAUAUAUCUGAAUUUUCUU